AUGGCGCCAAUUGCCCUCGAAAACGAAGAUCUCGCCCGCGAUGCCGCCUUCAACAAGGCCAUGCACGGCAAGUCCGCAGGCGAGCGCGGCGGCAUGGCCUCGAUGUUCAAGAAAGACUCAGCCGCGCAGAAGGCAGCCGUAGACGAGUACUUCAAGCACUGGGACAACAAGGGCGCCGCCGAAGAGACUGAAGCAACGCGCGAGGCACGAAGAGCAGAAUACGCCACGCUGACCCGCCACUACUACAACCUCGCCACCGACCUCUACGAGUACGGCUGGGGCCAGUCCUUCCACUUCUGCCGCUUCCACUACGGCGAGCCGUUCAGGCAGGCCAUUGCGCGCCAUGAGCACUACCUCGCGCACGUCAUGGGCAUCAAGGAGGGCAUGCGGGUGCUGGAUGUUGGCUGUGGUGUCGGCGGGCCUGCGCGCGAGAUUGUCAAGUUCACCGGCUGCAAUACCAUUGGCCUCAACAACAACGACUAUCAGAUUGAGCGGGCGACGCGGUAUGCCGAGAAGGAGGGUUUGGCGCACAAGUUGAGCUUCACCAAGGGAGACUUUAUGCAAAUGAAAUUCCCCGAAUCCUCCUUCGACGCCGUCUACGCCAUCGAAGCCACCGUGCACGCCCCCUCCCUCGAGGGGAUCUACAGCCAAAUCUUCCGCGUCCUCAAGCCAGGCGGCGUCUUCGGCGUCUACGAAUGGCUCAUGACCGACGCCUACGACAACUCCAACCCGCAGCACCGCGAGAUCCGGCUGGGCAUCGAGCAAGGCGACGGCAUCUCCAACAUGGAGAAGAUCGACGUGGCCCUCAAGGCCAUGCAGGCCGCGGGCUUCGAGCUCGAGAUCAACGAGGACUUGGCCGAUCGCCCGGAUCCGUUCCCCUGGUACUGGCCGCUCGCGGGCGAUUUCAAGUAUAUGCAGAGCAUUUGGGAUACGCCUUCGAUUCUGCGCAUGACCAAGUUUGGGAGGGGCGCGGUGCAUAGGUUUGUGGGUGCGCUGGAGAUGGUUGGGUUGGCGCCCAAGGGCACGCAGAAGACGGCGGAUAGUCUGGCGUUGAGCGCGGAUUGUCUUGUUGCGGGUGGGAAGGAGAAGCUGUUUACGCCUAUGUACUUGAUGGUGGGAAGGAAGCCGAUGGCUUGA